GCGGCGGCGGCGGCGGCAGGGGGAGGUGGAGGCCGUGGAGCGGCAGCGGCAGCGGCGGGUCCCGGGACUGAGGCAGCAGCGGGGGCGGCGGCGGCGGGCGGAAGCUGAGGUGACGAAGACAGCGGCGGCGGCGGCCGUUCCCCUCACGGUGGCGGAGACCAAGGCGGCGGCGGCGGACGGGGAGCGGCCCGGCCCUGGCCCCCUGCUCGUUGGCUGUGGCAGGGCCGCCGUGGGGCCGGCCCGGCUCCCGCCCCCCGCGGCUCCCCCUCCGGCUCCUCCUCCCGGGAGACGCCGGGGGCCAGGUCCGGCCCGUACUCAGAGCGCUGCUUCAGCUGCCGCCGCCGGAGUCGGAGGCGGUGGCGGCGCCAUGGGCGGCCUGUCCUCUGGGGGGGAUGUGGAGCCGGGACUGCCGGUCGAGGUGCGCGGCUCCAACGGGGCCUUCUACAAGGGCUUUGUGAAGGAUGUCCAUGAAGACUCCGUCACCAUCUUCUUUGAAAACAAUUGGCAGAGUGAAAGACAGAUUCCUUUUGGGGAUGUUCGGCUACCACCUCCAGCUGACUAUAAUAAGGAGAUCACAGAAGGGGAUGAGGUGGAGGUUUAUUCUCGAGCCAAUGAACAGGAACCUUGUGGCUGGUGGCUGGCCCGUGUGCGGAUGAUGAAGGGAGAUUUCUAUGUCAUUGAAUAUGCUGCCUGUGAUGCCACCUACAAUGAGAUUGUCACCCUGGAGCGACUUCGGCCAGUUAAUCCCAAUCCCCUUGCAACCAAAGGCAGCUUCUUCAAGGUUACCAUGGCUGUGCCUGAGGAUCUGAGAGAGGCCUGCUCCAAUGAAAAUGUCCAUAAAGAAUUCAAGAAAGCACUUGGAGCCAAUUGCAUCUUUCUCAACAUCACAAAUAGUGAGCUCUUUAUUCUGUCAACCACAGAAGCCCCUGUGAAGCGUGCAUCUCUGCUGGGUGAUAUGCAUUUCCGAAGCUUGCGCACCAAACUGCUACUUAUGUCCCGCAAUGAAGAGGCUACCAAGCACCUAGAGGUACCUUCUGAAAAGAACUUUCACACCAGCCUUGCUUAUGCUCUUGAUAGUCUUGAGAAUGAGACAAGCAAGCAGUUGGCAGCAGCAUUCCAGGAGGAAUUCACGGUUCGAGAAGACCUGAUGGGUCUGGCAAUUGGGACUCAUGGUGCCAAUAUCCAGCAGGCCCGAAAAGUACCUGGGGUGACUGCCAUUGAGUUGGGCGAAGAGACUUGCACUUUUCGCAUCUACGGGGAGACUCCUGAGGCAUGCCGACAGGCCCGAAGCUACCUGGAGUUUUCUGAGGACUCUGUGCAAGUGCCCAGGAACCUGGUUGGCAAAGUGAUUGGAAAGAAUGGGAAAGUGAUCCAGGAGAUUGUGGAUAAAUCUGGUGUGGUGAGGGUUCGCGUGGAAGGUGAUAAUGACAAGAAGAACCCCAGGGAGGAGGGAAUGGUUCCCUUCAUAUUUGUUGGCACCCGAGAGAAUAUUAGCAAUGCCCAGGCGCUGCUGGAGUAUCACCUCUCCUACCUGCAGGAGGUAGAGCAGCUUCGCUUGGAGAGGCUACAAAUUGAUGAACAGCUUCGGCAGAUUGGGCUGGGCUUUCGCCCUCCUGGGAGUGGACGGGGAGGCAACAGUGAUAAGGCUGGCUAUACCACUGAUGAGAGCUCCUCCUCCUCUCUUCACACCACAAGAACUUAUGGCGGCAGCUAUGGGGGCCGGGGCAGGGGCCGCAGGACUGGGGGUCCUGCCUAUGGCCCCAGCUCAGACCCUUCCACAGCUUCUGAGACUGAGUCAGAAAAGAGAGAAGAGCCCAACAGAGCUGGGCCUGGUGAUCGGGAUCCCCCAACUCGGGGGGAAGAAAGCCGGAGGCGGCCAAUUGGGGGCCGGGGUAGGGGACCUCCACCUGCUCCCCGACCCACCUCAAGAUACAACUCUUCAUCUAUUAGCUCAGUGCUGAAAGAUCCAGACAGUAAUCCUUACAGUCUACUGGACACAUCGGAACCAGAGCCCCCGGUUGAUUCAGAGCCUGGGGAACCACCCCCAGCAAGUGCCAGGCGUCGUCGCUCUCGUCGCCGCCGCACUGAUGAAGACAGAACUGUUAUGGAUGGAGGCUUGGAGUCUGAUGGGCCCAACAUGACAGAGAAUGGCCUGGAAGAAGAAUCAAGACCCCAACGUCGAAAUCGCAGCCGUCGCCGCCGCAACCGUGGUAACCGGACUGAUGGGUCUAUUAGUGGAGACCGUCAGCCAGUGACUGUGGCUGACUAUAUCUCACGAGCAGAAUCUCAGAGCCGCCAGCGGCCACCCCUGGAACGUGCUAAACCCUCAGAGGAUUCUCUUUCAGGACAGAAGGGUGACACUGUCAGCAAGCUUCCUAAGGGCCCCUCAGAGAAUGGGGAGCUCUCUGCCCCCCUGGAGUUGGGUAGUUUGGUGAAUGGGGUUUCAUAAAACCUCCAGCCUGCAUCCCUCCCUUCUCCAUCUCGCUUGCUGCCCACCACCAUGGCCCUCACUGGCCCAACUGACCUGCGCUGGAGCUGCUCUUAUCUAGGGGGGAGGGGGGUGGCACAGCAGCUUGGGUCCCCCCCAACCUCCAGGAGCUAGUGGAGGGGUGUGAAACAGGGUCAUACCCCCUCCCUCUUGUCCGCCCUACCCCCAGGGUGAGGGGAGCCUCCCCUUCCUCAUCAGACUGGAUGUGCCUUUAUCCUCUAAUGCCCCAACCUCUGAACACCCCCAUUCUCCGCCUGUUGGUGGGGGUGCUCCUUGACCCACCCAGAUUUGACAUUUCAGGGGGCUCCCCUGCUAUCCCUCCUCCCAUCCUGUACCCCCCGUUUCUGGGGCCUCAUCACUGUGGAAGACGGGGAUAGUAAGGGUAUCCGUGGGUGGGAGGCAUGGGGAAGGUUUUGGAGUAGAACCAGGGGUAUGUAUGAAGGGGGGGUGACAAGGUCCCCCAGGGGGAGGGGGGACCAACCUUGUCUGGUGGAUGAGAAGGCGUAUUUAUUUUUCACUGUACAGUAUUUAAAAAGAGAAUAA